AAUAAUAUGAAGCAACAGGGUUAUGUAAUCACUCUUUUUACUUUAAACCUGCUUCAUUUUCACUAUAACCGUUUAAAAUCGCAUGAAGUUCUGGAUACGGACUGUUGAAAACAUUCAGAGAGAGAGGCUGAAAUGUUUUAGUCGCUCUUUGGGCACCAAAAGAUGCUUCACUUCUGAAAACGGAAAACUGUGUUUAGACCUGAAUUGAUGGAUUCAGCAUUUCGCCAGAAGUUUCUGGGAAAUCUCACCUUUGGUCUCUUGGAGAGGCAGAUGUGUUUUUAACACUCGUCUUGUAGACUUCGACCUUGUUUUCUCCAUCUUCUAGUUUUGUAUUUUGAGGAUGGGUGCCGCCUUCAAGAAGUUCUGUGUACGAUUCUGCUGUUGCUGCUGCUGUGAGGAUGAUGAUGAGGAGGAGGACGAAAAGAGACCUUUACUCAGUCACGACACGUUGGAAUAUUUCGAUCGCGAGGCGAAGAAAAGGCGGGACCAAGAGACCAAUCUGUGGAACGAACCCGGAGACCCCUCCCACUCUGAGAGAGACGACGACCGCACGCUCUACAACCUGCUGCAGUCCAGAGCCCAGACCCAGCGGGGCUCUCAGGGCUACCGGCGUUUGAGCAUCGACAUCGAGGCCAUGAGAGACAUGAGGAGAGAGGUGCGAGAUAAAUGGAAGAUGAUCCUGGAGAAUCUGGGGUUCAUGGCUGAAGCCGAGUCUCUGCUGACUGUGUCUGCCACCGCAUCAUAUGACCGCAUGAGAAACGCAGCGGUCGCCCGCAGCCUGCUACAGACCCUCCACACCGAGACGUCCAUCUUCAGCAGGAAAGAGUCUCCACCCGAGAGAUACCUCUUCAUCCUGGACCGGCUGAUUUAUCUGGACGCUGCUGAGGAUUUUGUGGCCAAGGCUCGUCGCUUCUACCCUCCUAAAGAUGAUGAUGAUGAAGAAGAGGAAAACACCAGUCUAAUAAAUCUCCCUCUGCUGCUGUCCCGCAUGAAUCAGAACAUCUCUGGAGGAGAGGACGAGGAUGACGAGGGCGAGACCUCCGGUCCAGAGGAGCGUCUCUGAGACUGGAUUGUGUUGAUGUUUUCAGAAUCAGUUUGAGGGGUUUCUGAGGUUCAUGGAUUUGGACUGAUGUCAGCUCGGUUCGAGGUGGAUAGGGAUGGUGGAGAUUAAAUGGCACAGAUUUAAACCAUUUCUUAGUCAAAUGCUUUUUUGAAGAAGAGACUAUUUUCAGAUUCAUUAAAAUAGCUGCAGUUCUCACAUUUUCUGAAUUAUACGAUCAGUAGGAGAUUCUGGAUUACUGAGACAUGUUGAUAUUGUAAGUGUAAGAUGGUGAAGUGAAUUUGAAUAGAAAUGAAACGUUCUUUAGAAAUCUGUCAGUGUUUUCUUUACAUUGAAUGCAGAUGCAUCAAACUGCUGAAACUAGUAAUUUAAUAAAAUCCUUUAUCAGCUCUCAUAUGCAAUUUGUAGUUUCUUCUUCAGAACAGAUUUGGAGAAAUGUAAGUGAAUGGGUGCCGUCAGAAUGAGUUUCCAAAC